AGAAAACUUUCUUAAAAAAGAACAUUUAAUGGAUCACAUAAGAACUCACACAGAGCUCCUUCAGGAUUAUAUUGGAAAAGAGGAGGAUUUCUCUGACCAGCAGCUCUGUGGACAGGAGAGGAAUUCCAGUUUGGACGAAGAGGAACCAGAAGCUCUGCAGAUAAAAGAAGAGCAGAAAGAACCAGAACAUCCCUGGACAAAAGAGGAAACCAUGGAGCUCCCCAUUAGUGAGCAUGAAGAGCAGCUUGUUCUGAAGCAGGAGACUGAAGAUACAGAAGAGAAACCUUUCCCAAGUUUAACAAAUGGAGAAAAAAUUAUAAAAAAUGAACAUUUAAUGGAUCACAUCAGAAUUCACUCAGGUGAGAAGCCUUUUGAAUGUCUGUCCUGUGGAAGAAUGUUCAAAAAGAAAUUUAAUCUUUAUACACACAUCAGAAUUCAUACAGGUGAGAAACCCUUUUCCUGUAGAAUUUGUAAAAAGAAUUUUACUGAAAAGGGUAGUUUGAUUUCUCACAUGAGAAUUCACACAGGAGAGAAGCCUUUUUCCUGUACCGUUUGUAACAAGAAUUUUACUGUAAAGGGUAGUUUGACUUCUCACAUGAGAAUUCACACGGGUGAGAAUCCUUUUGUAUGUCCGUCCUGUGGAAAAAGCUUCAACUUUAAGUCUCAUCUUAAUAAUCACUUCCAAAUUCACACAGGUGAGAAGCCUUUUGUAUGUCUGUCCUGUGGAAAAAGCUUCACCUCUAAGUCUAAUCUUAAUAUUCACUUCCGAAUUCAUACAGGUGAGAAACCUUUUUCGUGCACAUUUUGUGGCAAACGUUUCACUCUAAAAUGUGAUUUGACUUCUCACAUGAGAAUUCACACAGGAGAGAAGCCUUUUUCCUGUACCGUUUGUAACAAGAAUUUUACUAUAAAGGGUAAUCUGACUUCUCACUUGAGAAUUCACAUGGGUGAGAAGCCUUUUGUAUGUCCGUCCUGUGGAAAAAGCUUCAACUCUAAGUCUCAUCUUAAUAAUCACUUCCAAAUUCACACAGGUGAGAAGCCUUUUGUAUGUCUGUCCUGUGGAAAAAGCUUCACCUCUAAGUCUAAUCUUAAUAUUCACUUCCGAAUUCAUACAGGUGAGAAACCUUUUUCGUGCACAUUUUGUGGCAAACGUUUCACUCUAAAAUGUGAUUUGACUUCUCACAUGAGAAUUCACACAGGAGAGAAGCCUUUUUCCUGUACCGUUUGUAACAAGAAUUUUACUAUAAAGGGUAAUCUGACUUCUCACUUGAGAAUUCACAUGGGUGAGAAGCCUUUUGUAUGUCCGUCCUGUGGAAAAAGCUUCAACUCUAAGUCUCAUCUUAAUAAUCACUUCCAAAUUCACACAGGUGAGAAGCCUUUUGUAUGUCUGUCCUGUGGAAAAAGCUUCAACUCUAAGUCUAAACUUAAUGAUCACUUCCGAAUUCAUACAGGUGAGAAGCCUUUUUCCUGUACCAUUUGUAACAAGAAUUUUACUGAAAAGGGAAAUUUGACUAAACACAUCAGAAUUCACACAGGUGAGAAGCCUUUUUCCUGUACAAUUUGUGACAAGAAUUUUACUGUAAAAAGCAGUUUGACUACUCACAUGAGAAUUCAUACAGGUGAGAAGCCUUUUUGCUGCACGAUUUGUGGCAAACGUUUUACUUUAAAAACAGAUUUGACUUCUCACAUGAGAAUUCACUCUGGUGAGAAGCCUUUUUCCUGCACCAUUUGUAACAAGAAUUUUGCUGUAAAAAGCAGUUUGACUAGACACACGAGAAUUCACAAAGGUGAGAAGCUGUUCUCCUGAAUGAUUUGUGAACGGUUUUAAAUGAGAAGGUAAUUUGAGUAUUCAGAUGACAUUUCUUCAUGCAUGAUGUGGAAUGAUAUAUAUAUAAAAAAGAAAAACUUUGGUCCACAUAAGUCACAGCAGUUAGACGCUACAGGAAUGAACAGUAGAGGCGUUUUCCAUGUUUGACUGGUGAUAAAAUGUCCAUCUAGAAACUCCACCUCAUUGCAUGAGACACUCACAGGUUAAUGGUCUUUUUGGAGAAAUCCAUUAAUUAACAACUUUGUUUACAUAGAAACUAGAACAUAUAAGGUGUUAUAUUGUAAACCUGGUAAAUAUUCAGGUCCUGGACGAAUAUGUGGAUGUAAACAAAUUGAAUUAUUUUGGGGCUGAGUAAAUUAGAUUUACAUGGCAAAAAGGAAACAUUGUCCUGACCAAAUAAAAAGUUCAGCACAAUUCACAAUUUAUUACUUUUUCUGUAAUGAAGGGAAUAAACAUAAUAAAGUGCAACAACAACAUCUUGGUUACAAAUGAACCAAGUUUGCUGCCCAUACAACAAUCGUUAUAGAUGUUUAAAUUGAAAGAACUUCUACUAACCCUAAUAUGCCAUUGUGGCAUGGUGUGGCACAACCGUUUCUGGAUGAAAACAGGCUUUUAUUCAGAUGAAAAUAUCCUCUGAU